UACAUGUAGAAUCUAGAUUAGGUUAGGUACUGACAACGUAUUUUAUUUUAGGUAAUUCUUGGAACAUAUGCCAUUUUUUUUCAUUUUUUCAACUUUCCAUCAUCAAGGCUCAAAAAUGCAUCCAUGUAGGCCUCAUUUAGCUAAAGAGGUAUUCACCACUACGUACAGUUAAAAUACAUGCCAUGUCGAUUGCGUAUUGACAUAGCAUUUCUUGCAGGCUGUUGGCUUAUUUCAGAUCUGAGCAACAUAAGCAGUCAGGACUGUAUCUCGUUUCUCGUUCAUGGAUUGGCCCAGAUGCCCUGGACCGACAGCCUCACUUCUCGGCAAGACAUCAGAAGGCGCCGACCAAUCUCAUCGAAUCAAUCCUUCAUCCCUUUGCCGUAUUACGAGGCUACUGCAUGCAGUCGCCCACGCCCGCACCAAAGAGAUUAUUCAAUACUACCCACACCGUUCGGAGAUAAUCCCUCACUUUUUACAAGGCCACAACCUGCAGCCUCGAGAGAAAAAAAAAAAAAAAGCCAAACCUGGGGCUUCAUCAGAUUUUAUUACCGUCCCACACCCACCUAAUUGAUCCUAACCAAUCACAGCCACCAAAGGCUAGGACGGUCUUGUCUGUAGACCCCCGGGAUGCAACGAGAAGUCUGCGCGCCAUUGGACACUUUCUUGCAUUUGC